AUGAAUCCCGCUCUCUUACUUGACCCCCGUGGGGCGCGCAAGAAAGGCGAACAAGCUGCGCAACAAAACCAGACACCCUCAGCAACUCCUCGCUUUGAUCCUACAGCACUUCUCAAUCCCAAGUCAGCGCCCAAGCGGCCAGCAUCAUCCAACGGAGAAGAGGUUGAGCGUGGGCGGGCCGAUCCCACCACUGCUGGCCAAGUAUCGCUUGUGGAGCGCCUGCACAACGUCCAGGAGCGAACAGCCUCACCUGCGAAGCGCGUCAAGACUGCCGACGAGCAGGAGCGGAAGAAAGCCUCGUCGAACAGCUCUCACUUCAGUGGCAGCAGCGCUCUUGAUUUGAACAAGAACGGACACACGCCUAUACCUCCACCCCCACAGGUUGACCUUACGAUGAGCGACGAUGAUGAAGUCGAAGUUGUUCAGGAUAAUAUGUCACAAAUGAUUUGCAUCGGAAAAGUUGAGCAGGCAUACAUCAUGAUGCACACUGUGCCGUUUCCCGACACGAAGAAGUAUAUUGGCAACCACGGCGCGUUAGGUAGGAUCAAGGUAGCUUUCAGGAGGGCUGGUCAGCGAACAAAUCUCACGGUUCUUGUCACCGAUGCUGCAGGCAAGGAAUUCGGCAGAGUUGACAACAAGACUGCGCAAGCCAUCGUUCCACUCAUAGAUUCUGCGAAGACCAGCGGCAUGAUGUGGAUGGCUUGGACAGAUCCACGGAAGCGGCAGAAUAACGAACCAACCACGCCUGGAGCCUCACAUCACGGGCUCAUUGCCAUGACUCUGCAGCUAUACUGUCCGCGCAAGAACGCUCACGGAAUUGGCAAGUACUUGAAGAACAAGAACGCGAAGUUGACAAGGCCGAUGUGGGAGCUCAACAGGUACGACUACUUCAACCCACAGACCCAGGAGACCGCCGCGAGAGUUCCGCAACACCCGACCCUCGAUCCCAACAGAGACUCGAACGCCCAAGCCUACGCUUCGAGCAUGCCAACAAACAACUACGUCUUGCGCAGCGUCAAUGAGAUCCGCGAGGAUGUUCAAAAUGUUUUUGACACCGUUGUUGGCAGCUCUGAGGAGGUGCCAACGCGCGAACCCUCUUCACACAUCAAAACCGAGCUUUACCCUCACCAGAAACAGGCUCUAUAUUUCAUGUGGAGCAGGGAACAAGAACGAACUGGCGAAGAGUCAGACAGCUCUGACCCGCUUUGGAAGCCACGGUACCUUGACAAUGGUCGCAAGAAGUUCAUCCACGUCAUAACAGGACAGGAGGUCGAGAUAAAGCCCAAGUCUUGCCGUGGCGGUAUAUUGGCUGAUGAGAUGGGUCUGGGCAAGACGCUCAGCGUGCUCUCACUCGUUGCUGACGACGCAUCCAUCAAGGACGGCCGAGACUUUGCCGCGAAGAAGCCUCAACGGAACGCGGACCCAGAGGCUAUACAGCCAAUCAUCAACAGCAGAGCUACGUUGCUCGUCUGUCCUCUCAGCACAAUGACAAAUUGGAAGGAGCAGAUGAAAGACCAUUUCCCCGCUGGCAGCGCACUCAAGUGGACGCGCUACCAUGGCAGCGAGCGAUUUGCUAUGAGCCAUCACGAGCUCGCGGACCACGAUAUAGUCGUCACGACCUAUCACAUCAUAGCCAAAGAUCUACUUGACAGGAAGCGCGCACUACCGUAUAUCAACUGGUUCCGUAUCGUGCUGGACGAGGCUCACACUAUUCGCAACCCUACGAGACAAUCCAAAGUCACAUGUGCGCUUCCAGGACAGCGACGAUGGGCUGUCACGGGAACGCCGGUCCAGAACCGUCUUGAGGAUCUUGGUGCUCUGUUCAACUUCAUCAACCUCACUCCAUUCAACGACCCGUACGGCUUCAACCACUACAUCCUCAGCCCUUUCAAAGCCGCCGAUCCAGAAGUUGUGCCCAAAUUACAGCUUCUAGUCAGCACAGUCACAAUUCGCCGAACUAAAGAGAUCAUCAAGGAUGAAGUACCGAAACGCAACGACAUGAUUGUGAGGUUGAAGUUUUCCGCGUCAGAGCAGCAGCUGCACGACUGGUUCGAGACAGAUACACAGCGCAAAGUCAACGCCGUCACAGCAGGCGAAAAGAUGGGUGGUCACUCAUACGCACGCAUUCUGACUGCCAUUCUCAACCUUCGACUCAUCUGCGCUCACGGUCGUGAUCUGCUGAGCGAAGAGGCUUUGAAGACGACUGACGGCAUGUCGUUCGACCAGCCGAUGGAGAUUGGCGACGAAGAUGAAGAUCUGCCGUCACUCACUCGGCAACAAGCGUACGAAAUGCUCGACUUACUGUGCCAGACAAGCAGCGAUACCUGUGCCUACUGCCAAAAGUCCAUCGUCUUAGAUGUUGACACCGAGGAUGAGGACGAGGACGGCGAGCCCCCCAACCUGAUCGGCCACAUGACACCGUGCUACCACAUCGUCUGCCCAAAACACACGAAGAAGCUGAGCGCAGACUAUAGCGACAACAAGCUCGAGAACGGCAUGGUUAAAUGCCAUUUUUGCGAGGACACAGUGAAGCCUGCGCUAUUUGAACUCACACGUGAUGAAUACCAGGACUUUUGCGAUGAGCGCGACAAGAUGCGCAAGGACCCUAAGCUCUCGAAGAAGAUCAACAGCUAUGCCGGUCCACACACAAAGACUCAGGCGCUCCUCAACGAUCUUGCUGAGUUCCAUCAGUGGAGCCAGGAUCAUCCGGAUGAGCGGCCGAUCAAGAGCGUUGUAUUCUCCAGCUGGACGACCCACCUCGACCUGAUCGAAAUCGCGCUUAAGAACCACUCCCACAAUUAUGUCCGCCUUGACGGUCGCUUGUCCCGCGAGGCCCGCGACAAAUCGAUGCGCAUCUUCCGCGAAGACCCUUCCAUCCGCGUGAUGCUCGUCUCCAUCGGCGCCGGCGGUCUCGGUCUCAACCUCACCACCGCCAACAAGGUGUUCAUGAUGGAGCCCCAGUUCAACCCUGCUGCUGAGGCGCAGGCCGUUGAUCGCGUGCACCGCUUGGGUCAAGAUAGGGAGGUUACGAUCAAGAGGUUCAUCAUGGAGAAAAGCUUCGAGGAGAAGAUGUUGGUGCUGCAGGAGAAGAAGAAAGCACUUGCAGAUUUGACGAUGGCGAGGGAAAGGAAGAGCAAGGGCGAGGCUACCAAGCAGAGACUGGAGGAGUUGAGGAGUUUGUUCAGAUGA